AUGGUGUUCCCAAUCCUCUCUCUGGUGCUGAGUGGCCUGGCCUUGCUCGCUGGGCUGCUGUUGAAUGGGUACAUCAUCUUCGUCACCAGCUGCCGUGUGGAGAGGACGGCCAGCACCGUGUGGUUCCUGAACCGGGCCAUAGCCGAUUUCCUCUUUAUCGUUUGUCUGCCCUUCAGAUUCAUCUUCAUUCUGAAUUUAGUCCGGGCCAAGAUACUGAACAACACCGUUACCUCCCUCCACAUGUUCUCCAGUGCCUUCCUCCUCACCGCCCUCAGUGUCGAUCGCUGCAUCCUCGUGGCGCGCCCUGAGUGGGGCCGGAACCACCGCACGCCCCGCCUGGCUUUCAUUAUUAUUAUGGGCAUAUGGGCCCUGUCUGUUGGGUUCAGCUUGCGGUACGGUGAUCUCUGGGAAUCCCUCCUCUCACCUGCCAGCACCAGCAUAAAUGUCGCACUGCAUGAAGGGAGGGUGAAGGGCACCAUUGUGAUCCAGUUCCUGGUCGGGUUUCUGAUCCCGUUAGCCUUGAUCUUGAUCCCAACCUUGUACAUUGUUCUAGCUGCCAAGCUGAGAAGGAACAGGCUGAUCCAAUCCACCAAGCCACUCAAGAUCCUUCUUGGCUUGACCGCGACCUUUUUCCUCUACUGGCUGCCGUAUCACGUCUUCUCCUUCCUGCUGAUCUCACCUAAGUACCCCCCUUCUUUUCUUGUCACAGAAAGCAAUUUUGCUUGUGUUGUGUCAUAUAUCAACAGCUGCCUCAACCCCAUCUUCUACCUGACCAUGGAGGAACAGUUUCUGAGUUACUGGCAAUGUGCUUGCAACCCCCAAACGACCGAAAACUCAGAGCUGGAGAUGGUUGAAUAG